UAUAUAGGGAAUAGGGUGCCAUUUGGGAUGAUUCCCUUGUCUGUACACAGUGUUACAGUGGAGGGAAAUUCUACUGGCCAGACAGUCCUGCUAAGGGUCACACAGGUUCAAUGGGCAAGAGGGGAAAGCAGUGAGGCAACACUGCUGUUCAUUGGUCUGUUUCGUGAGGAGGGUAUUACCAGGGGGUUCAUAUUGGGCCUGUCCCAAAUGGAAACCUAUUCCAUACAUGAUCCACUACUAUUGACCAGAGCCCGCACAUAGAGCUCUGGUCAAAAGUGGUGAACUUCAUCCCAAAUGGAACCCUAUUCCUUAUGGAGAGAAAUUAUGUUCCUAUUUGACUAAUUCCUAAUUCAUUUGUUUUGUGUCCCAAACACAUCAUACAGUUUUGGGGUGCUUGAAUGGAAAUGGUAAGGUACUGUCUGUAUGAUCAUAAAAUACAUAUUGUUCUUUAUCUUGUAAAAGGUAUGAGGAAAAAAUACUUCACUAUCAAAGAACAAUAUACAUUUUGUAUCACCUGUGAGACUCUGACUUCUUUAACACAUCACAUAUCAGACAUUGAUUUUAGUCUUGACUGUUGGCCUGUGUGUGAUUUCCUCUUGGAUCAAACCACGUCUGAUGCCUUCUAGCCAUUGACCCAUGCUGUGUGUUUGUAAAGCAAGUCUCUAGCCCCGAGCGAAAGCUUGCUUUUGUCUGUCCUCACAAGACAAAUCUCUUUGCUUGGCGGACCGGAGAGGCUCAGGUUGACUCCAACCCAUUCAGAAAACAGAAACUGGAGUGAGUGGAAGCAGGUGCUGAUGUUAGUCUAGACCACAGAGGUGGCAGUUUUUCAUGCAUUGCUGAUUUCUGACAGACCAUAAAUUGAAUUGCACAGACUGCACAAAAAAAAGGGGGCUGUUGUAAGCAGAUUUAUUUUCCUGGCAGACAAACGGUUCACAAGAAAAAUAAAAACAUAAAAGGGUGAGGUAGAAAAGAAAGUGAGUGAGGGCUGUGGUCGGCUAACACAGGAGCAUCAUAAUCACAUGGUGUGGAUUUCCGCUUUGGCACAUUUACUUUAAGCUGCACAGCAGGGGCAGGGACACACACCACAUAUACAACACAUUCAGAGUUACUGGACUGUACUAGCUGGACCAGAGCUACACUAUGGUGCUGUGAAGAGAGAGAGAGCUCCACUCAACCAUGCAAUCCACCACGAACUUCAAUGGGCUCCUGCGACAGGACAGCCAGGACAGUUACAUUAUGGAGGGCUCUCUGAGGAAGAAGGGUCGUCUAUGGUAUCGGCGCUCUCUGAAGGGACACCAUGACAAACCCAGUCAGAAUGGGGGGACUAGUCCCGGGACUCUGCCAAGAGGCUGGAAACAGUCCAACAGAACCCGCUCAAACUCCUUGGUGGAUUACUCUGACCCUCAGAGGACUACUGUUAUAAUGCAAAAGCAAGACAAUGAGACGUUUGGAUUUGAAAUUCAGACAUAUGGUGUGCAGCUGAAGAACAGCACGGCGGUAGAGAUGUGCACAUUUGUGUACAAGGUGCAGGACGACAGCUCGGCUGAGAGUGCAGGCCUGACCGCCGGUGACGUUAUCGUCACCAUCAAUGGGGUCAGCAUUGAGGGCACGAGCCACCAGCACAUCGUUGACCUGAUUCGAGAAUCCACCAACUUAUUACAGAUGGAGACGGUGUGUGGGACGGUGGUGAAGAGAAUUGAACUGGAGAAGAAGAUGAGCUUGCUCAAGCAUACCCUGGGAGAGAAAUGGGGGGAGUUGCAAGCGCUCACAUUACAGGAAAAACGCCUUACGCGAGGUAACCUGAAUGACAGUUCUCUACACCCCUCUAUGGACUCCCUGAUGUCUCUAUUGUCUCCGUCUGGACACAGUGACCACUACGGCCACCGUUUCUCCAGUGACAGUAGCUGCCGGAGUGGGAUGAUGGAUGACAGUGACCUGGCCAGUGUGUUUGGGGACCUGAGCUCUCCCAGCCCCUGCAAUGUGGCCAGUCCAGAUGAUAGCUGCUUCUUCUCCACAGACUUCCCCCAGGAAAUGCCCAGGGCCCCAGCCAGCCUCAGCCUCAACCGUACCCGCAGCGGUAGCGGUAGCUUGGCUGGCAGCAGUGGCUCCCUCUCCUCCCCCUCCCCUUCUUGGGACCCCUCCAGAGCCUCCUCCCUGUUCGGGACACUCCCCAGGAAGGCUAGGAGAGCCAGCUUCCGCAAACACAUCCUGAAGUUCAUCCCUGGAUUCAACCACUCAGUGGAGGAGGAGGACACCUGACCUGAGUUAUGAACGAACACUACAGUACAUCUGUGUCUGAUGUGAUGUUCGAUACAAACAUUUCCUGCUGAGACUGAGGCAUUGCUAAUAUGGCCACCGUACCCUUGGCUCAGGAUUAGCCAAUCAAUGAGCAUUAUUGGGAUGAGAAGCAUUAGGAGGAAAAGAGAAAUCUCCCUUUGACAAAGGCCUUCAGUUAUCUCUAGAUACUGUAUACAUGAUGGAGUGCUUUUGUUACUGCUGCACAAUAUUCUGCUGAUUUUUUCUUGACAAUAAUCAUAAUGAGACAACAGCAUUAAUCCUUAUAACAGUAACAAUUAUUUGUAAUAAAGAACACGGGAACUCAGUCCAUGUGUGUGCAGCCAGUGCAACAAAGAUUGUGCUUGCCAUUUCUAGAAUGUUAAUGUGACCAUUGUAUGUAGGUGAUAACUGAGAGACUGCAUGAAAAGGCAUGAUCUUCCUGAAUUCAACAUAUUGCUUGUAUAUAACUUGAGAAGUGUUAUGCUUUGCAUAUUUGAUGCAUGCAAUGAAAGAAGUUCUCAGCAACAGUCUGUCAGGUUUGUCACAAAAGAAUGAGUUCUAAACCAGGUAGCUAACUGCACAAUUCAAAACAGGAUGUGGGCAGAGAAGGAGCUACAUUCUUGACUAUUUUCAUACCCAUAACCAAGUUUCAGGUCAUCUACAACUUACUUUCAGUAUUGAUAGUUAUACUACAAAUAAGAACUGUGUUUCCUCUAACUCAUGGCAUUUUAACAGAGUGCCAUUGAACUCAAUUGUUUUGAAUUCAUGCUUGAUGUGUGCCAUUUGCUGCUUUUAUUAAGAAUCAAAGAUAUGUUUGAAAUUCCCUGAAGACAAGUGACUGUAAAAUUGUACACAAAUAAACAGUGUAUGUUGGUUCCUAAACUGUCACUA